AUGUCAAGCCCACCAAUUUCCCAGCGUCGCACCUUUCGGCGCACGGACGACUAUACUCCCGGCGCACCAAAAUUAAAGCUUGUACAUGAAGCGCUUCAGCUGCCUCUAGCGCCAACAGCAGUCUUGAUCAAGGUCCAUGCUGUGGCUCUCAACUACCGGGACGCCAAUAUCGCAAAUGGAGGAAACCCGUGGCCAAUCACCCCCAACGGUAUUUUGUGCAAUGAUGCCGCAGGUGAAAUUAUCGACAUUGGAGACAAGGUCAAGUCCCUCGUAGUGGGUGACAGGGUUGGGCCUAUUACGGACACAGAGAACAUCUCGGGGCGAGAAACGACGCGGUCGUGGCUGGCUGCGGAUGAGGAUGGAGUCAUGGCCGAUCAUAUCAUUUUCGACGAGCGCGCCCUAUGCAAACUUCCAACCUACCUCAGCUGGGUCGAUGCGUCGAUCAUUCCUUGUGCGGGCGUUACUGCUUGGUCCGCGUUGAAGGGUAUGAGUGUCGGACAGACCGUGUUGAUUCAAGGAACUGGCGGUGUGAGUGUGUUUUGCCUCAAGCUCGCGAGGGCCGCUGGCCUUCGAGUGAUCUUGACCUCAUCGAGUGAUGCGAAGCUUCAGCAAAUGAAGGAAAAGUUCUCUCAUCCUCCAAUCUUGACUGUCAACUACUCGAAGAUCCAUGAUUGGGACCAGGAGGUUAUGACACUCACUCAGGGAGCGGGUGUUGAUAUAGUUGUAGAGAACGGGGGCACCGCUUCUUUGGUCAAGAGCUUAAAGUGCACUCGACGUGGAGGUGUGGUUAGUCAGGUUGGAUAUCUUGGUAAACAAGAUCCAGCCGACUUACGCGAGCUGAUUCCAACCAUCAUUGAUCGGAGGAUUAUUUUAAGGGGCAUCAAUGCUGGUUCCAAGUUCGACAUGGAAGACUUCUGUGCCGCCCUCGAAACCACUCAAACGCCACUCGAUGAUCUAAUUGAUAAAGUCUUUCCAUUUGAGAAGGCUGAGGAUGCUGUCGAAUAUGUUUGGCAGGGCAAGCAGAUUGGGAAGAUAGUUCUCCGCCUAUAA